AUGUAUUUUUGGCAAGAAAGCAAAAUUAAUAUGACAGACAAUCUUCUUAAGUGUCACAACAGUGACUUUAAAAAUGGUCGAUUCUUUCAUCUUCGUUGCUUGAAUUACAGAAGGGUUCUUAACAACAAUCGAACCAUAUGGAUGUGCAGGAACUGUAAAGUUAGUAGAACAUACCAACCAGCAGUCCAGGGUCCUUCACAAACCUCUCAGCAAACAGCAAAGACCCCAGCUACCACCUGUUCUUCUUUUAACUUACCUCCACCACAGUCACUUAGUAAAGCAAACAUUGCCCCAAAAACAUUGAAAGUGAUGACUCCAGUGAUGAUGAAGUUUAAAUAACAGAAGUCACUCAAGGAUUCACUGACAAAAAGGUACCUUUAGGUAAUCAAAAAGAAAAUCGCUUGGAUAUUAUAGUGUGUCGAAAUGGUUGGUUAGACUGUACCAUCAUUCAACAGGCUCAACUGUGUCUACAAAGGGUGAAUCCCUAGAUUGAAGGUUUUUAAAGGACAACACUUGGUCCAAUAAACUUUGACAUUGUUACCAUGGAAUUUGUACAAAUUUAAAAGAGAGGAAAUUGUCACAGGGUAUGGGUAAGUUCAAUUGGGAGAUAUGGUCAGUUUGUUUGACAGUCUUCAUCACUGUGCUAUUGAAAUAGAAGUAAAAGACCAAGUUCAGAGUUUGAUGGCUGACAGCUUUAUUGUUAUUAUCAAUAAACCUGUGCAGCAACAGAAAAACAGAAGUGACUGUGGCAUUUUUGCUACAGGGUUUGUGACCUGCCUUGUAUAUGACAUUCAAAAGAUGCACUUCUACCUCAGUGCUUAAAAAAUGAAAUGAUCACAAUGUUUCCAAGUUUUUGAAAGGAUUUUAAUAAUGACAUUGAUAUAGAUUUAAUAAUAUUGUAAGAUUGAGUGCUCGCAUUAAAUGUAUGAAUGCAAGCAUACUAUCAGGAGAAGUGUAAAUAUAUAUAAAUAAUCUAAUGUUUAUAUUCAUUAGGAUGAGAUUUACCAAUAAAACAACCUGCUUUAAACAUUUAAACCCAGAAACAAGUUGUCAAGGUAUAAUAGUCAAACAUCAACAGACAUACAGAAUACAAAAUUAUUAGUGACUGUUAAGGUGUGAUUUCAAUCUAUAUUUCUUAAUCUCCUAGUUUUUUUUUUUAGUUUAUUAAGGCUGGUAUAAAACAACUUGAGGAACCUUACGAAUAA